AAAAACCUGACGUGACACGAUGCGCCAUCCAUGUGUCUGUCUCUAGACAUGCGAACCCCUACGCGUGCCAAGUCUUGCGUCAGCGUGCGUGCGGGCCAAAAGUUCAGACCCUCACCCUUCGUAUCCGCAAAGUGUCCUCCCCUCUUCACCCAACAACCCGCCCAAGUCGCCCUCCAGCGCACCACAACCACCCACCAUGGACGCCCUCAAAUCCGCCAUCCAACCCAUAACGCACAACCUCCCCCAACCCAUCGCGGACGUCGGCAUCUCCCUCCUCGGCCCAAAAUGCUACAAAACGCUCAUCUACAACGUCGACCUCACCGCAACCGAAUGCGUCAAACUCGCCAUCUCCAAAGGCCUCGGCAUCGGCAUAAUCGGGGCCUCCUCCAUUGUCAAGAUCCCGCAGCUGCUCAAACUGCUCAACUCGCAGUCCGCAGAGGGUCUCUCGUUCCUGUCCUACCUCCUCGAAUCAAGCUCCUACCUCAUCAGCCUCGCGUACAACGUGCGCCACGGAUUCCCGUUUAGCACGUAUGGCGAGACGGCGCUUAUUCUCGUGCAGAAUAUCGCUAUUGCGAGUUUGGUGCUCAAGUACAGUGGGAGGGGUGUGGGUGUUGCGGGAUGGAUUGGGGGGUUGGCUGCGGCAGGUGCGGCACUCUUCAAUGACCAGUGGGUUGAUAUGGAGAAGUUGAGCUUGUUUCAGGCUACGGCUGGUGUCCUUGGUGUUGCGAGUAAGGUGCCUCAGAUUCUGACUGUAUGGAGUGAGGGUGGGACGGGCCAGUUGAGCGCUUUUGCUGUUGUCAACUACCUACUCGGUUCCCUCUCUCGCAUCUUUACCACCCUCCAAGAAGUCGACGACCCGCUUAUUCUCUACGGCUUCAUCGCUGGCUUCGCCCUCAACGCUAUCCUCUUCUGCCAGGUCGUGUACUACUGGAACGCGCCCGCGUCCAAGAAGACAGAGUCGAAGAAGUUGGAAAAGCCCAUCGCGGCUGACAGGAAGGAAAUGGCGCGUGCCGUCUCAAGCGGUGCGACGCCGUCGUAUGCGAGUGCCGCGGGAAAGAGCCCAAGCACAAGACGCAGGGGAUAGGCUUAUUUCUCUGUUGCUUCUUUAUUGGGGAUGUGGGCUGUUGAAUUAGCAGUUGUAAUACAGACUUCACUUGCGCGACGUCUUGAUCAUGCUUGGGUGAAGAUUACACGUAUA